AUGGAUUGCUUUGAUAUUAAAGUGGAAAAAGCCAAUGCAAUCUUGAGGUACAACAGGCUUCAAAAGAUAACCACUCUAUUCAGGUUUAUGGAGGUAUGCAUGUUUUUAUUCAUUGUUUCGAGGAUUUCCACUCACUUGCCAUUAGCUUUCAAAGUAUGUGGUGAUUGUAUCCAAGGUCUCUCUAUCACUAUUUCUAGUCCUGGAUUCCUCUUCAUCCUCGGAAACACAAUCGUUGUCGUUCUUUUCUUCAAAUCUGGACAGAUUUCUGCUCAAGAAACCAAAAACCAUAGCCCUGCCAUUGAGUUUUGUAUUGAGUAUGUUGAAGGGUGUGAGAACAAAAUCAGUAUCAACCAAGAGGAGCAAGUUGAGGAACAGGGGAGAAAGCAGGGGAGAAAACAGGGGAAGUGUGAAGAAAAGCCAGCUAUGUUAGAUUUUUGUAGCUUUGAGGAUAGAACUGUACAGAGGAGUCAAUCAGAGAAAUUCAUGACAUACCAGCCUCAAGAUUCCUGCAGGAAGCUAAGGCGAACUGUGACAGAAAAUGGCAGGAAAGGCACAAAAACAUCUGAGCACAAGACUUUUAAUCCUAAAUGUUAUGCAGAGGAUGAAAUGAGUGGGGAAGAGUUCAGGCAUGCAGUUGAAGCUUUUAUCGCCCGACAACAGAGAUCCUUGAGGGAAGAAUUCUUAUCUAUCGUCACUUAUGAAACUUAA